AUUCUUUACAGAAUGGAACAAACUGCUCUCAAAACAAUAUGACAAACCAACAUAAAUUGGGAUGUUUCUCGAUUCUCUUCUGCAAUUUCAGAGUUACAAAACCAAUCAACUUCACCUGAACUAAGCCAAUCUGCAAGCUUUCAGAGGACCUGUUCUUGGUGGGUGUCAAUGCAAACCAGAAUCCUUGCUGACCUGCUGAAACAAAGUCUCCUGCAAUUUGACAACACAUGGGAAGAAGGAAAAGGAAAUCUCAAGCUUAUUUUCUGCGAGCCUUGAGCGCCUUGAGCAUCCGACAUUGGUCCUUUAAUGGAGUUGCUUUGUUUAGGAUGAUAAACAAGCAAAGUUGCCUUACUGUUCUAAACUGUUCUAUAGUUACCCAUGUCAGUAAGUUAGCCAAUGAAAUGGGAGUGGCGAGACUUCAGCUUGGAGAAGCAUGGAAUAAGUUGUUUUUGUUCUGCAAGUAGUGGGAAUUGCUUAAACUAAUUGCAGAGAUUCGCAGGGGAGAUGGUGGAGAAAGGCUUUAAUACAAACUUUAUCUUUAGGUGAUUGAAGAAAAGUAAGAAGACUGACAAUAAAAUAACGAACAAGGAGAUGCUGCUGUGGCUUUAGGUUACGGAGAGGUGUGCUGCAUUCUUUCUUCCUCCAAGAGAGGAUAAAGGCAUAACUUUUGUUCCGGACUUUGACUUCUUUGUUUUUUCCUUCUAUUUGUGCGGAUUAUUUGGAAGAAGGGAAGGAGAAGGAAAACAAAACAAUGGCAGGAGGUGGAACAUCUGCACCACCGCCAAAACAGGAGGAGCUGCAGCCACAUCCAGUAAGAGAUCAGCUACCCAAUGUUGCUUAUUGCAUUACUAGUCCUCCUCCCUGGCCUGAAGCAAUUCUUCUGGGUUUCCAACAUUACUUGGUUAUGCUGGGAACAACAGUGCUAAUUCCCACCUCUCUAGUUCCCCAAAUGGGAGGAGGAAAUGAGGAGAAAGCAAAGAUGAUACAAACAUUACUGUUUGUAGCUGGUUUGAACACACUUCUCCAAACGUUUUUUGGUACUCGUUUACCUGCAGUAAUUGGAGGCUCGUAUUCAUAUGUGCCAACGACAAUUUCAAUUAUUUUGGCGGGUCGUUAUAGCGACAUUGUGAAUCCCCAGGAGAAAUUCGAGAGAAUUAUGCGUGGAAUUCAGGGUGCACUUAUUGUUGCCUCGACGCUUCAGAUCGUCGUCGGUUUUAGCGGCCUUUGGCGAAAUGUUGCUAGGUUCUUGAGUCCACUCUCUACUGUUCCUUUAGUAGCUUUGUCAGGAUUUGGGCUAUAUGAGUUGGGUUUCCCAGUGCUAUCAAAAUGUGUGGAGAUUGGGCUUCCACAGCUUAUCCUGCUAGUAGUGUUCUCACAGUAUAUACCUCAUAUGAUAAAAGGCGAACGGCACGUAUUCGACCGUUUUGCUGUUAUAUUCUCAGUUGUGAUUGUUUGGAUAUAUGCUCAUCUACUCACGGUGGGAGGUGCAUAUAAGAGUGUGGGUCCAAAGACUCAACUAAGCUGUCGUACUGAUCGUGCAGGCAUUAUAGGUGGUUCUUCAUGGAUUAGUAUUCCAUAUCCCUUUCAAUGGGGUGCACCCACAUUUGACGCUGGUGAAGCUUUUGCAAUGAUGGCUGCUUCAUUUGUUGCACUCGUAGAGUCCACAGGUGCUUUCUUUGCUGUGUCUAGAUAUGCAAGUGCAACUCCACUCCCGCCGUCUGUUCUUAGCCGGGGUGUCGGUUGGCAGGGAGUGGCCAUCUUGUUUUCUGGUAUAUUUGGCACAGGAAAUGGGUCCUCGGUAUCUAUUGAAAAUGCAGGGCUGUUAGCAUUAACACGCGUCGGUAGCCGAAGAGUGGUGCAAAUAUCUGCUGGCUUUAUGAUCUUCUUUUCCAUACUUGGAAAAUUCGGAGCUAUCUUUGCUUCAAUCCCUGCCCCGAUAAUUGCAGCUCUAUAUUGCUUUUUCUUUGCCUACGUUGGUUCAGCAGGCCUCAGCUUCCUUCAGUUUUGCAAUCUCAACAGUUUCAAGAUCAAAUUCAUAUUGGGCUUCUCUAUCUUCAUGGGACUAUCUAUUCCUCAGUACUUCAACGAGUACACCGCUGUUAACGGUUACGGUCCGGUACACACAAGAGCGAGAUGGUUCAAUGACAUGAUCAACGUGCCUUUCGCAUCUGAGCCAUUCGUUGCUGGAUUUCUGGCACUGUUUCUCGAUGUCACACUACACAGCAAGGACAAUGCAACAAAAAAGGACAGAGGAAUGCAUUGGUGGGACAAAUUCCGCUCGUUUAAAACCGAUACAAGAAGCGAAGAAUUCUAUUCUCUUCCGUUCAAUCUCAACAAAUUUUUCCCAUCUGUUUGAAGUUCAUUGCUGAUGAAAUGGUUUGCAGUCAUCACAUCAAGCUGAAGGCUAUAUGCCUAUAAUCACUGUGAGAUUCACAACAUCAGACCUUUUUCACUCUAAUUACAGCAUGAAUGUCGGUGUAUGCCUUGUAGUACCUGCAGUUUGAUUCUAUAUUUUUUUCGGAGAAAAAGCAUAUGAAAGUCCUUUUGUGAGCCUUGCCAAUAUCUUUUAGCUCAAGCCAACGGUAGUUUCUCUUAGAAACAU